AUGGCUACUAUACAGAAAAUCAUUCAAGCUAUCAAGAUAAAAUUGAUAUUGAAUCGCUUAUCGAAAGCAAAGGAAAACGCCAUGAGAGAAUUCCUUGGAUUGCCUCCUAAAAUGUCAUGGUACGAUGACUGCACGUCCACUGUGAGCAUGUGUAUCAAAGAUAAGCUGUGUCUCGUGUUCUGCCCGUGCUGCAUGUACGACCGGAACCGCCAUCAGAAAGUCCCCUCGUGUUGGAACAGCCUGUUUCUCAAGGAGUUUGUAGGUUUCCUUGGCGGAGUUCUGCUGACGCUGCUAGUCUAUCUCAUGAUGAUAUUCCAGCUAGAAGUUCCGGCCAGAAAGGCAGCGUACAUUUCUGCAGUCCUAGGAGCGGCACUGACGCUCUUCCUCGCCUUUUCACAACUCGCCCGCUGUCUUGUGCUCUUGAUGCUUCCGCAGUUAUUCUCCAGUAAGGGCCGUAUGUUGCUACUCAUAUAUGCACUGAUCCUAGCCAUGAACAAUCCGUUACGGAACGUUAACCGCAACAUUAACGUCAUGUCCCAGAGUACGACGUGCGGGCAAGAAAUGGCUCUCAACGAGACAAAGGAGCUCGUUAAAGCAGCAGUUGCACCUAUGCAAGGAAUAAUGGACAGCGUGGACAAGGUGUUGGGAAAACUAACCGACUUCGCCAACACGUUAAAAGCAACAUACACAACGUUGAAGAAAACGGUAUCCGAAAUUGGCGCGGUUAUCAAGCGUGUGGCUCAAUGGCUUAAGAGUACGGUGGACACGUGUAAUAGAAAGAUGGGCUCGCCAUACCGGAAGUGUAAAAACCUGUUUGAAGACGCAUACAACGAUUGCAAGAAAAAGCUUGGCGCAAUGGGAUUUCUGUGCGAGAUAGCUAGCUUAGUUGGUAAAGUGUGCAACGUUGUCAGGGUCGGUGAGCUGCUGUGCUUUAUCGUAGACGCCAUACGACGACUGCUGGAGUCGGCUAUUGACCUUCCUACUCAGCGUGUGCUGAAGGACGCAGAGGAAAUGUUUUACUUCAACGUCUCCUUAAACUACACCUUCAACUACACGUUCAGCCAGUCCCGUUCUUACAAGCAGAUAAAAGAAGACAUAAGCAGGGAAAUACACGCCCACCUGGACAUGUUUGUUGACGCCAUCGGGGUCUUCAGGAACGUCAUGGUCCUCACUGCGCUGUUUGUAAUCAUCAAGGCAGUUAUGUACCGUCAGCGAUGGCUAUCGAACGACCGGUUCGACAACAUUCACAUAACGUUCACCGUCCGGGACCUAGACGAGCGGCGUAAGGACGCCAGCAAGCCCGGGAUCGUUCCCCUGACGUACGAGGAGGAACGGAAAUACAUCGGCAGUCUAUUAGGCCCGAUUACGCGACGGGAGCGACGGCGGCUUGGAUUCGGGCUGGUCGUUUUCAUCGUGAGCAUGUUUAACGCCGCCUUCUACCUGUUCUGCGACUUCGGGCUCUACUCCGCACUCAGAAUCGUUCAGAAAAACUUCGCCGCCGUGUCAAAGGCGCCGGUGCCGCCUCAUACGAAGCUGCACGUGGUGGGACAGGGCCCGAUGGCGGACAUGUACAAGACCAUUGUCGGCAUGUUUGACCCUAUCUCUAAGGCGGGUGUCACACUGGACGUCUCCCCCUGUGUGCCCAACCCCUCGGAGCCGGACUGGGGUGUUUACAAAACUAUUGGGUUGAUCUACUUUUUAUGUCUGCUCCUCACUAUUGGCGAGGCUUACGGUUUGCGGUGCCGUCACGUGAUCAUGGCGUGUUACGAGCCGCGCCGGGAAAGACGCCGCGCUAUAUGGCUGUUCAACCACAUCAUGAAGACGCGCGGAGGCCUCAUGGAGCAGACUAAGCAAAAGAUCAAGGCACGCAAGUUGGGAAACGCGGCGCCCGACCACAUCAGCCUUAAAGGUCGACUUGCUGCAAACUACGCAAUAUGUGAGAAGCUGCUCAAGUUCAUGGGCUGGGAGGUGAAGUCGUGCCUCUACUGUGGCCGAGAGGGAAAGCCGGACGACUAUUACAACUUCAUACACUGUGACUUCUAUGACUGUGAUGCCGUGUACUGCCUGGAGUGUUACGCGGAUCUAAACAACAAAUGUCCGGUGUGUGACAAUGCUGUGCAGGUGGCCACGAUCGGCUCGGACUCGGAUGAGGUAGACUCCAGCAUCGAUGUACGUCAAAAACGGAAAGCGAAGAAGAGAAAGGCGAGGCGUGACAAACGGUUACAGGAAAUACAGGCACAGAAACGUCCCAGCAAGGUCAUGGCCAAGUUCCGUACACAGUUUGGAAUGCCGGGAAACGUCAAUAUGAACAGACCCAUUGAGCGAGAGUCCCGGAUGUAUGAUUGUGAUGAUGUCAGCGGAUGUUACGUUAUGCACGAUAAAUUUAGGGAAUAUAAUUUAAUGAGACCGACAGUUGGCUUGCAGUUGGACGUUCGUAGGAAAGUGCAGUCGAGAGAUUAUUCUAAUUCCUCAUCCGAGGCAACUGAAGACGAUGAUGUUGCUGGUGAUACAUUAAUAGAUAUUUCUGGGAACACUUUUUAUUUUGACGGUCAAGGACGCGGACAUCGAAAAUUAAGUGGAAAUGAAUAUAAUAAUCGUGUUCGAAACAGGCGAUCGUUGAACAUUACGUCAUCAAGUGACGAUGACGUCACAUCGGGCUCGUCCAUAGAUACAGACGACUUAGAUUUUUCUUACCAGUCAAGGAAAAGUUACUCUGACACAGAUUUUCACUCCGAUGAAGAGUUCAGUACCCUUGAAGACGAACCACUGAAUCAUAACAACGAAGGAAGAAGAUAUAACGAAAGUUUAGAUCUGGUCACCGAGGAUAUUUAUACCUCUUCAUCUGCAUCAUCGGAUACUGACGAAACGCAAGACAGUGAGGCUGGAAGCGAUAUGGACUCAGACAUGGAAUCGCUCAUAAAACAGCGUUACGCUCCCGUACCUAUGAAUAUGUACAGAGAAUGA